CCCCGGGACGCAGAGCGGAAGUGGACGCUCUGCGCUGCGGACACUGUGCAGCGGAGCUCCGGGUUGUUUUCACUGAUCCGGGAGCGGAGACCGUCUCGUUCACCGUCAACGCGUCGAGGGGGGGGAGGCGGACAUGGAGCCUCCGGCCGCGGAAGACGUCAAGGUGCCGGUGCUGCACAUCGUGGUGGUGGGAUUCCACCACAAGAGAGGCUGUCAGGUGGAAUUCUCGUACCCUCCGCUGCUGCCGGACGAGGGUCACGACAGCAACCUGACGCCCGAGGAGUGGAGAUACCUGCCGUUCCUCGCGCUGCCUGACGGGGCGCACAACUACCAGGAAGACACUGUGUAUUUCCACCUGCCGCCGCUCACUGGAGACAUGAAGUGUGUGUACGGAGUUUCCUGUUAUCGUCAAAUAGAAGCAAAGGCCCUGAAGGUGCGGCAGGCUGACGUCACCAGGGAGACGGUUCAGAAGAGCGUCUGCGUCCUCAGUCGAGUGCCGCUCUACGGCCUCCUCCAAGCGAAGCUGCAGCUCAUCACUCACGCCUACUUCGAGGAGAAAGACUUUUCACAGAUCUCCAUUCUGCAGGAGCUCUACGACCACAUGAACGGCUCCUUGAGGGGUUCGACUCUGGAGGGCUCGCAGGUUUAUUUAGGGUUAUCGCCCAGAGAUCUGAUCCUGCACUUUCAACACAAGGUUCUGAUCAUCUUCAAACUCAUUCUGCUGGAGAAGAAGGUUCUGUUCUACGUGUCUCCGGUCAACACACUCGUUGGAGCUCUCAUGACGGUUUUAUCGCUGUUUCCAGGUAUGAUCGAACACGGCCUGGUGGACUCGUCUCACUACAAACCCAGGAGCAGCGUGUCGGAGGAGCUGAGCCUGGUGGAGAGCUUCUCCGGAGCCGAGGAGUUCGUCUCUGUGUCGGUCACCGACCUCGCCAGCACGGCCCUGGAGCUGGUGGGGGAGGACACCGGCCAGCGAGCCCCCGAGUCUCUGUCGUCCGGGAACAGCACCGAGGGGGACAACCACCUCCUCAAACCCCCUUCACACACCUCGCCUGAGUCCUCGGAGAGCGACUGGGAGACCCUGGACCCAAGCGUGUUAGAGGAGGCUGGCGCCAAAGAGGCAAUUGAGGGGAAAGAGACGGGGUCAGAGCUGCCAGACACAUUCGACUCCCAACCGGGGACGCCCAUCACUGUGCAGCCGCAGGCGGUCACCGGUCAGGGAGGGGUCACCCAGGGCCUGGUGUCCGGUCUGGAGGAGGAUCAGUACGGCCUGCCGCUCGCCGUCUUCACGAAGGGUUACCUGUGUCUGCCCUACAUGGCCCUGCAGCAGCAUCACCUCCUGUCAGACGUGACGGUGCGAGGCUUUGUUGCCGGGGCGACCAACAUCCUCUUCCGCCAGCAGAGGCACCUGAGUGACGCGAUCGUUGACGUGGAAGAAGCUCGGAUCCACAUCCAGGACCCUGAGCUCCGGAAGAUCCUGAGUUUGACGACGGCCGACCUGCGCUUCGCCGACUACCUCGUCAAACACGUGACGGAGAACCGCGACGACGUCUUCUUGGACGGGACCGGCUGGGAGGGCGGAGACGAGUGGAUCAGAGCCCAGUUCACGCUCUACCUGCACUCAUUACUGUCGUCUGCGAUACAGCAAGACAACGAGCGGCUGCUGGCGGAUUACGGCGCUCCCUUCGUCGCAGCGUGGAAGAUCACCCACAACUACCGGGUGUGGCACAGCAACAAGCACCCGGCCAUGACCGCCAUCACCCCCGGUCACCCGUUCCAGGGUCAGUACAGUGUCACGGACAUGAAGCUGCGCCUCUCACACUCGGUGCAGAACAGCGAGCGAGGGAAGAAGAUCGGGAACGCCAUGAUGACCACCAGUCGCAGCGUGGUGCAGACGGGCAAGGCCGUGGGUCAGUCAGUGGGCGGAGCGUUGACCAGCGCCAAGUCGGCCAUGUCCUCCUGGUUCUCCACGCUGGCCCCCCCCGCAGCUGUCACGCCCCCGGCCCCUCCUGAGGCCGCCACGGAGGUGGAGCCGUGAAGACCCGAACCCUCAGUGACUGUGUCCCCCCGUCGUCCUCUGACCCUCUGGCUCCUGUGACGCCGGAGGGUCAGCGGUCCGAGAGCUGGGUCCAUGAAGGAUGAGAGCGUGAAACCCGACAGUCGCACCUCUGAUGGGAUGUUCUGGGCUUUCCCCUGCAUAUUCACCAGAUACGACUCGGGACAUGAAGGCAUCACUGCCAUUACACAAACUGUACAGUCCACACCCACUGUGAGGCAGAGGCCGCCCCCCCGCUUCCGACCAAAAACCAGAGGUUUCAGCCGCUUGCAUCACGUCUGACCUCCUGAAUCUCAGCGCUGCCGUCGCUGAACCAGUUCCUGACGCUAAAGAUGUUGUUGUUGGGUUUGAGGUUUUCGCUCUUUGCUGCGUUUUUUUCAAGAGUUUGUCUCUAUUGCUGAAGUAUUCACGUACAAAAAAACGAAAUGUAAAUCUGUGUCACAGGAUUUGAGCUGAAGAUUUUAACAGUUUAGAUUUUACAGUCUGAUUUCCCUGUGAUAACAUUCUGCUUGUUUCUGCAACACGUGUCAGGUAUAAGCAUGUAAAUAUACAUGGAAACACAAUUAUUAUUAUUAUUCUUUAAAAUGUCCAUCAGCGUCUGAGGUGACAGUAAAAAUAAUAAAAUAAAUAAGUAACAAAGUCAAACUCUAAAAUGAUUAUACGAGUGAAGUCAGUGAUAAGAAAACUCUAAUUUUGGUUUAUUUUUUCAGUUAAACACUUUUCCCUGAUUCUCAAAUCUCAACAUAACUGGUGAUUUAUUUGAAAUCCUUAUAAAUAUUAAAUUCCCAGGUUAGAUAAACUGGUUUUGAUGACAAGAGACGUUAACUUCUGUGUUGUAGAGAUAGAAACACAUUGUAAACUUCCUGCCAAUUACAGAGAUAGGAAAAUUAAUCACGUUAAAAAAUAAAAUGAGCCAGUGAUAAAUAGUAAAUUUAAAUAAAUUAGGUUUUAAUUAUUUCAAAUGAUUGUUGCUCAUUCCCCAAAAAUCCAAACUAAGAAAAAUACAUUUUGCCUUAUUUGUUUAUCACUAGAUUUUUUAUUAUUUAACAAACAAUAUUGUGUAUCAAUGUACUUUAAUGUAUGUUUGUCUGACUCGUCUCCAGAUUACAGAUAAUUCUCCGAUUUCUCACACCAGGAAACAAUGUUUGGCCUUUUUCUUUAAAUUAACUUAUCAUUCGUAUAAACACUUCAUCUCUAUCACUCCUGUUCUCUCACAAACACAAAAAACGUGAUAUUUUAACGACAUGAUCUGAACGUUGUUACCGAAACAAUCACAAUGUUAUUUGGUGAAUCCUCGUGAACCUGACGCUCCAGUUUGUUCCCCGAUGAACGUGAUGAAUUCUCCCUUGUUAACUAUGAAGGAACCCGGCUGUUCACCCAGGCCCUUUUCUACUGUACCCUCACUAUAUAUAUAUAUAUAUUGGGAGAACUAUAUUUAGUAAAAACAUAUUUAUUUGUCAUGUAUGAACGUAUCUCAUAAAUAUUCCGUGUUUUGUCACGACAACACUGGAACGCGUCCUGACUGUGGAGCACUGUGUGUAUUUGCACAACGCAGCCGUUCAUUCUGUUCCUGUGAAUCUUGUAGAAAGUGUAACUGCAUCUUUUCCCUCCGCGCUGCAGAUGCUCGCGUGUCGGGUGAGACGUGGGCCAGCGAGCAUGCUCUGUCCGGUGUCACGGCUGCAAUCAGUGUCAUCCUGCUUCUUUGAGAAAUGUUUUAAAUGAUCGAUCGCUUAACUUUCUUUUCUCUCUUCACACUUUGAAAAAAAAAAUCUUCUUUGGAAUUUGAUUCCCCGGUUUAAGUUUGAGAAAAUAUCAGCUUUUUGUUUUUGUUUUUUUUUUACCCUCUGAUGAUAUAUUUUUCUUUUUGUAUUUAAAAAAAGAUUUGAAUGUAUUGUGAACUCAGAUUCACAGAAUAUUUUUCUUGACAGAUGCUUUUAAUGUAUUUGGGAAAGAAAGUGAUACUAUAUUAUAUUGCUGUAUUAAAAAAAAAAAAGAAUUAAAGAACCGCAGAACUUU